AUGCAGGCCAUAAAGUGUGUCGUUGUCGGAGACGGUGCUGUGGGUAAGACAUGUCUGCUCAUCAGCUACACCACCAACGCCUUUCCUGGAGAGUACAUUCCCACAGUGUUCGACAACUACUCUGCAAAUGUUAUGGUGGAUGGGAAACCGGUGAACCUGGGUCUGUGGGAUACAGCAGGACAAGAAGAUUAUGACAGACUCCGCCCACUUUCCUACCCGCAGACGGAUGUGUUCCUCAUCUGCUUUUCGCUUGUGAGUCCUGCCUCCUUUGAAAACGUCCGUGCCAAGUGGUACCCAGAGGUGAGACACCACUGUCCCAACACUCCCAUUAUCCUGGUGGGCACAAAGCUGGAUCUGAGAGAUGACAAGGACACAAUGGAAAAGCUGAAGGAGAAGAAGCUUUCUCCCAUAACAUAUCCCCAAGGCCUGGCCAUGGCCAAAGAGAUAGGUUCUGUCAAGUAUCUGGAGUGCUCUGCCCUGACUCAGCGUGGCCUUAAAACGGUGUUCGACGAGGCCAUCCGGGCCGUCCUGUGCCCACCACCCGUCAAGAAGAAGGGCAAGAAGUGCAGUCUGCUCUAA